UGAUACUUAUAUUUUAAAUUUAAAAUAAGUUCGAUAUUUGAUUAUAUAUAUUUAUUAAUUUCAUUUUUAAUUGAUUAAAUUUAUUCGUUUAUAAUUUAUUGAUGGCAAGAUUUUAUAUAACCUGUACAUUAGUUAAUUGUAGUUAUGGAAAUAAAUCCGCUAAGUAUAAUUCUUGUGAAAAGUGAUAGUAAAGGUGAUAGACUUUUAUUUCGAUAUCCACAUGUGGCGAAACAUACACGAGAUUUUAAUCAAUGUACUAAAAGAAAAAAUCCUUAUUCAUUAACCAUCACAGAAGAUUUAUUGCAGUCUUUACCUUUUCCAAUUUCUAACAUAAGCAAUGGAAAUUUAACUGGAGUUACUGAUGAAGUAUUAUCAACAUUAUUUGCUGUUAAACCAGAAUUAUGUGAGCAAAAAUUUGAAUUAAAAGUAAAUGAUGUUCGGUUUGUUGGACAUCCAACUUUAGUUCCAUCUCAUGGUAUGAAAGAAGUUAAUUCUUCAAUGCUUUUUAAUAUAGUUUUUGCUCUACAAGCACAAGCCAGUCAUUCUAUAGUAAAAUGUUAUUAUGAUUUAAGUAAAAGGUUAGGUAUAGCUUUAAGACAUGAAGAAAAACGAUGUGGAUUUUUAACAGAAGAAAUAAAAAUUAUGGUUUCUACUCAUGAUGAAGUUGCCACAAGAUCAGAAGGUGAAAGUGAUUGUGAUGAAUCACCUUAUGAAUUAAUAUUGCAAAGAAGUUCACUUUCACGUGAUUUAAAAUCUGUGUUUAGUAGUCUGACUACUUCUGGUAUAAUUAAUAUUAUGAUUAAUAAAUGGAUUCAAGUACGUUUCUGCCUUCCUCAAAAAGUUCAUCAAUCUCACAAAAAAGGAUUUGUUAUUAAUCCAGAAAUAAUAGAUAGAUGUUUAAACAGUUUAAGGCCUUAUCAUGGUAUAUUAUUACUCAUUGAACCUUUAGAUUUAUUGGAUUCACUUCCGAUAGAUUCUUCUCCAGCUCUUAAACGCUUAAUUCAAAUGUAUAGUCCACUGAAAAGUUUACAAACUUUAGCUGCUGAUUCUGAUUUAACAUUAACUCAAGUUUUUCAAUUAACUGGACAUUUAAUAUAUUGGGCUAAAGCUACUAUAAUUUAUCCUCUUUGUGAAAGUAAUGUUUAUGUUGUAUCACCAGAUGCUAUUAUCACAAAUCAAUUGUUAGAAUUAUUUUCUGAAGAAUUUCCAGGACUUUGUUUAUUACAAGUUCUCAGUGAUUUUUCAUUACCAACAUCUAUAAGUCAAAAAUUAAAUCCUUUAAGUCAGUCACAACAACAAACACAAUUAGUAAAAACAAUAAUAUGGUUAUUAAAGAAUCAUUUGCUUCUACAAUUACAUACAUAUGUACAAUAUAUGCCAACAGUUCAUGGUCAAGUAUCAUUGGAUGCAAAAGAUGAAUUGAAUCAUAAUUUAAAUGAAAUCACAGAAAAUAGUAAUGUAUGGAAUUUAAAUGAUGUCUCAAAAGCUUCUGCUGAUAUAAACGAAGAAAUAUCAAUAACACUUCGUAAAGAAAAUGGAAUGUACAAUUAUCAAUCAGAAGAUUAUGAUAUUCCUUCUGAUGACAGAAAAUUACUUGACAAACUGUGUCGUCUUGAUUAUUUUAAUGGAGGCUAUCAUUUAGAAGAGAUUAUGUAUUUAGAAAAUAUUCGUAGAUCCCAAUUAUUACAGAUUUUAGAUAAAUUUCGAGACAUAUUAAUUACAUGUGAAUGUGAAGAUCCUGCUAUAGCUCUUUUUUAUAGCCAAUUUAACUCCUAAAAUUUUAAUUCUAAAUAGAUAUAAAAAAGAUUUUAAAUUGUAUAUAAAUUACGUUUUGCAAAACAUUUUUAAUUUCAUUAUC